CACUAGGGCUGGGUACUGGGGGUGGAGCUGGGGGCUCCCCCAUGGAAGUCACGCUAGGGCUGGGUGAAUCAAGGGGGGAUCCUUGGUGAGGAGGUGCAGGGAACACCCUCCCCUCCUCGCACAUGCAUGAUCCACCUGGUGGUGGGGUGGGUUCAUACUGGGCAUCCCCUCUGGGGCAGGGGCUGGACUUGUCUGGGGUCCUAGUCAGGGUGUGUGUUGAGGUGGCGGUGCUAGAGACCCCUGUUGGGGAGCUGGGUCCCCAGGAGCUGGAGGGGGAACCCUUGGAUGAUCAUACUGGCAGCUGGGGGUGGGGACUCAUUGGGAUGUGGGGUUGCUAGGGACCCCAUCAGGUUGAUCGUCACAUGGGGGAGGUCUGGGGUGAGAUGAAGGUUGCCCCUGUCUCUGGGUGACAGACCUGGGCUCGGCUGAGUCUCCCCCAUUCCAGGCAGAGUGAGACUUUAACUUUCUAGCACUGUUUGGAAAGUGGAAAACUAACCCUGCAUUUCCUGGCUUCUCACCUUUUGUUUUCUGUCUUUCGGACGUAACUCUGAACAUUCUUGGGAGGAUUAAGUUGCCCCCUGCGUCUCCUGGUUUCCCAGCAAUUGAGUUCCCGGACUUCAACUCUCGUGUUCCAGAAAGGACACAAUGGCCACAUGGCUGCAGUCUUAUCUGCACCUGAGCCAUGUAAUCUAUGUACCAACGGUACAGGCUGGGGCGUUUUUCUGGCUAGUUUCCCUGCUGCUGGCCUCUUUGAUCUGGUUCAUUUCAGUGCAGCUCAGCAAUCGGGAGGACUCCAGGCUGCAGUACGGCCUCCUGGUCUUUGGGGCUGCGGUGUCAGUGCUGCUGCAGGAGGCGUUUCGAUUUGCCUACUUCAAGCUACUCAAGAAAGCCGACGAAGGCUUGGCCACGCUCAGUGAGGAUGGGCAGUCUCCCAUCUCCCUCAAGCAGAUGGCCUAUGUAUCGGGGCUGUCCUUCGGGAUCAUCAGUGGGGUCUUCUCGGUCAUUAACAUCCUGGCGGACUCCAUAGGGCCGGGCAUCGUAGGGAUCCACGGGGAUUCGCCUUAUUACUUCAUCACGUCAGCAUUCCUGACCAUGGCCGUCGUUUUCCUACACACGUUCUGGGGGGUGAUCUUCUUUGACGCCUGCGAGAGGCGGCGGUAUUGGUCCCUGGCACUGGUGGUGGCCAGUCACCUCGUCACAUCGGGGUUGACGUUCCUGAAUCCCUGGUACCAGGCCAGCCUCAUCCCCAUUUACAUCAUCACCAUCUCCAUGGGCGUCUGGGCCUUCUUCACGGCCGGAGGCUCCUUGCGCAGCGUCCUCGCCUGCCUCUCCUGUAAACAGGAGGAAGACAACCGAGUGAUGGUGUACUCUGCGCUGCAGGUCCCCGUCGAGGACUGAGCGCCUCCUCAGGCCGCCACCUGCCUGCCAGAGACAGCCAGGAAAGACCAAUACCCCAAGUGCCCUGUUCUCUGCAGCUGGGAGCAGCCUGGGACACCCCCUCCCCGUGGCAGGAGCUGGGGCAUGGGACUCUGAGCCUGUCAGCUCGCCCUGCUCAUGGGGCUGGGCCGCUGCGCUGGUGGAGACGUGGCUGGGAUUGCGAGGCUGGGUCCUGUGAGGCCCUGGCGGUCUCUGUUCUGUGGAUUCAGGGGCCUGAGGCACCGCCGGACUUUCUUUCCCUCCUGUCAGCUGCAAAGGACUGAAGCUCUGAUCGGGCCUCUUGGACUGAAACCUGCCCAGAAUCGGGCUCAUGGCGGGUCUUGCAAACUCCGGUGCCCCCUCCCCGUACGAACGCGCUGCCCGUUUUGGAGGCGAAUUGUCCCGCAGCUCCUCUGUCUGGCUGGGGCUACAGCAGAGGAUGCUGGAAAGUCCUGUCCGGUGGCACUGACGCCUGCCGCUUUUUAAAUGGUCUUUGAUUGGCAUCUAUUUCUCUGUAUCUCUGCUGAUACCGUAAGGUCUGGGUUAGCGCCUCGGUUGGCGGAGCAGGGAGCCUGUCUGGCUGUCUGCCCCCUGCCCUGGGGCCACGAAGGAGCCUCUGAACUCUGAGCCUUGCCCCAGGGUUUGUGGUAGUGAGGACAGCUGUGGCUUUUCUGUGUUUGCCGCGGUGCCAGUGUGACCGGCUCAGCUGGGAACUCACCCGCCGGCAAAGGGCCUGUUUUGGGGAGGGCUCGGCUGGAACAGAACUCUAAAAGGAUGGGGUUUGCCUUCCCCUUGAGGUGCAACCAACCCUGCUAACAUCCGUUAGCAGCUGGCUGAGGGCGCCCCCUGCAGGGUUAGUGAGCCCAAGAUCCCUGGGUGAUGGUCUAGAAACUCUACAGCAUUCUGGCCUUGGGCUCCUCCCCAGCAACGCGCGCAUGUGUCUCAGCCUGAGGGACCUGCCCCAUUGCAGGCUGAGCUCCCAGCUACGCCUAGGAAGCAUCUGGGGAAAAGGUAGGCAUGCAUCCUGUGUUGCUCCCAGGCACCCCGUACUGGGAGGUCAUGCAGCAGCCAUGGGGGGUGCGGCGUGCAAGUCAUGCCCCAGAAUGGAGGGGAAGGAUCUGAUUUAGGGUGCGCUGCUGCAGAACGGCUUGCAGGAUUGCUGGCUCUGCAAGGGCUAAUCUGCGGUAGCAGGCACUGCCCAGCUAUCAGCAAUGCCACACGGCAGCUCGUCUCCAGAAAACCAGAUGCUUCCGGUGCUGUGGAAGAAGGCCGAGCGGUGCUGCUUUGUUCAGGGGCUAAAGGGGUUGCCUCGCAAACCUCAUCCCGGAGACUCCCUGAGGGUGGAGAGCAGCUACAGGCCGGUCGCUGUCUGCUACAAGAAGGUGAAAAUCUCUGUGUGUGUUUGUUUUUCCCCUAAGUUUGGGAGAAGAUUCACUACAUGUCUGUAAAAUUGGGAUUUUUUUAAAAUAUUUUUUUGAUUCAGAGUAAAAUCCUUUUAAUAGAUGCUGUGAUGACUAAUAAAGCCUUUUGUAAUGGG